AUGACCCAGAAAACUAGAGAAGUUACGAAGUUAAGUACCGAAAUUCUUGGGCUAUUGCAAGUUUCUUCGAAUCUUCUGCUCCGGCUCCGCCACUCCUCCGCCCGCCGGCAACUGCAGUUCUCGUCCGUCGUCCCUCCGUCCAGCCUGAGUCGAGGUAGGGACAAAUCGGCCCGGUUCGGCGACGUGGUGAAGGAGAGGGCUUGGGCCAGCUUCGGCUGCGCCGCCCCUUCUCCGGCCAUUCCCUGUGUCAUUCCCAAAUCCGACCAAAUGUCGAACAACAAAGAUGAUGGGGCUGCUGAGAGGAUCAAAGCUGCCGCCUUAUCCGCCGCCAAAGGCCUCAGCCGUGCUCAGGCUGAGCGGGCAGCCACAGCCGCCGCCCGAAACGUGAACGCCUAUGGCCAGAAGGAAGAAGGCCCCAGCAGAUGGCAAGAAAGGAAAGAAGCAAAGCGCCAAAUGUACCUAAUGAGCACCGAAAAACAAGUUCGACUGGGCGAACGCAAGGAUCUCAAGAGCUCAACCUCGACUUUAUCCUCUGCCUCCCAAUGCCAAAAAUGCUUCCAGACGGGCCACUGGACUUACGAGUGCAAAAACGAGCGCGUUUACAUCUCGAGGCCUUCUCGAACUCAGCAGCUCAAGAAUCCGAAGCUUAGGAUGAAGGUUUCCAUAUCGUAUGAUCUGGACAGCAACCCAGAUGCCUUGACAGAGGAAAAGGGCAAGAAAAUCGAAAAGAAGAGCAAGAGGAAGCAUAAGUCGGAUAAUGAGUCUGACAGUGAGGCGUCAGUUUUCGAGUCUGACAGUGAGGGAUCUUCGGUUUCAGGGUCGGAUGAUGGGUCAUCUGGGGAGAGUGAGUCGAGCUACAGCUCGUCGAGUGAUUCGGAGGAGGAGAGGAGGAGGAGAAAGAGCAAGAAGAAGAAGCAGAGGAAGAGAAGGCACAGGAGGUAUAGCUCGUCUUCUGAGUCUUCGGAUUCGGAUUCUGGGUCAGAUUCGGAAUCUGAGGGAAGGAGGAGCAGAAGGAAGGGGAAGAGCAGGAGGCAUGGCAAGAGGCACUGAGGGUGGGGUUUGUGGAUUUGACUUGUGAUGCUACAAGUACAACCUGUUUUGGCUUCUCUUUCGUUAGUGUGUUUGAGUUUGAAUCUGUUUGGUUUUAUAGUGUGUGACAAGACCUAGCUAUAUGGAGUAAACGAGCUUUAUGGGAUUAUGGUUUUUUAAUGUUUUUUUUGGCAGUAUCAUUGUGUUUUCCUAUGGUUUGGUUAAAAUCUGAUGAUUUAGUUGAUAAGAGGUGUUUAACUUGUUUUUUGCUCAGUUGGAUAUGUUCCUUUUACUUGUUUUUCUGGAAUUCCUUUUUGGUGUCUUGUUUAGCAUUCCAGUUUUUCCCUUCACUGCAGGAUGUGUUUAUUACUUUUAACUCUUGUUUUGAGAGCAAGUACGGGUUUUUUCUUU